UCCACCACGGUCAAGCCUGCCGGGAGGGGGUAUCUGUUCAACAGCGCCACAGCCAUCAUUUCAUUUGGAAACUUGAACGGCAUUUAUAUUUAUAACAAACAACGUAGUUUUAUUUAUUUAAAGUAAACGUAAUCGUCUAACUUUAUAAGUAACCGUUGGCUCAAGGUCGUAAAUUUAUACAGAAAAAGGAAAGCUAAGUUAACGUACAGGAUAGCCGGUCGUGCUAACAAAGAAAAUCCUUUCUCUUCAGAAAUAAUCCCCCACUACUCUCUUUAGUUAUGAGUCAUGUGGUCAUUGAUAAUCCACACGGUCUAGAUCAGCAGCUUGCUGCCCUAGACUUGAACUCUGACGGACAAGGCGGAGGAACUGGCAGGCGUUACAUUCCACCUCACUUGAGGAACAAAGAUGCUUCCAAAAAUGCAGGAAAUGCUUAUUCCGCUGGUAGACAGUGCGGUUAUUCAGUGGCACCAGUAAAUCUCUACUCACCUGGAUGGGACGGCGGACGCAGCAAUGGAUUUGUGAAUGGUUACCACGACAACCGCUCCAACGGGAGCUUCGGAGGGCGUGGACCCCCUCGCAAUGAUAGAGGUGGGCGUGGUGCCUACCGUGGUAACAGGGGUGGAGGCUCGUUUAAUCAACCAUUACAAAAUGCAGGUUUUGGCAAUUACGACAACAAAGACGGCAACUGGGGAGGAGCUCCCAGAGACGCUGCCUACAACAGCUUUGGGGGACGAAAUGAUAGGUCCAAGUCGACCUUCUUCAAUGACCGUGGGGCAGGCUCAAGAGGAAGAUAUGAGCGCGGGGGUUUUGCGGGCGGAGGAAACAGCCGCUGGGUGGAGGACUCCAGAGACGACGAUUGGUCCAAGCCCACUGCUCCCAAUGAGCGCCUGGAACACGAGCUUUUCUCUGGAAGCAACACUGGGAUAAACUUUGAGAAAUACGAUGAUAUCCCUGUUGAGGCCACUGGAAGCAACUGCCCGCCCCACAUUGAAAGUUUCCAUGACGUGGACAUGGGGGAGAUCGUCAUGGGGAACAUCACCCUGAGUCGCUACACUCGCCCCACCCCAGUCCAGAAGCAUGCGAUCCCCAUCAUCAAGUCUAAGAGAGACCUGAUGGCCUGCGCCCAGACUGGCUCUGGUAAGACCGCUGCCUUCUUGCUGCCAGUGCUGAGUCAGAUCUACACUGAGGGCCCAGGAGAUGCUCUGCAGGCAGCCAAGAACAACGGACAGGAGAACGGAAGGUACGGCAGACGUAAACAGUACCCAAUCUCCCUGGUUCUGGCUCCCACCAGAGAACUGGCCCUGCAGAUCUACGAUGAGGCGAGGAAGUUUGCCUAUCGCUCUCGUGUGCGUCCCUGCGUGGUGUACGGAGGAGCUGAUAUCGGUCAGCAAAUCAGGGACUUGGAGAGAGGCUGUCACCUGCUCGUGGCCACACCUGGACGUCUGGUUGACAUGAUGGAGAGGGGCAAGAUCGGUCUGGACUAUUGCAACUACUUGGUCCUGGAUGAGGCUGACCGCAUGUUGGACAUGGGUUUUGAGCCCCAGAUCAGACGCAUCGUGGAGCAGGAUACGAUGCCGCCUAAAGGCAUUCGUCAGACCAUGAUGUUCAGUGCCACUUUCCCCAAGGAGAUCCAGAUCCUGGCUCGUGAUUUCCUGGAGGAUUACAUUUUCCUGGCAGUGGGACGCGUCGGUUCCACUUCAGAAAAUAUCACCCAGAAAGUGGUCUGGGUGGAGGAGACAGACAAGAGGUCCUUCCUCCUCGACCUGCUCAAUGCCACAGUUAUUCCCAGUGAGGUUCAGGAAAAUGUGACAGAGGCCCCAGAGAAACCGGGUAAAGACUCGUUGACUCUGGUGUUCGUGGAAACCAAGAAAGGAGCCGACGCUCUUGAAGACUUCCUCUACCACGAGGGCUACGCCUGCACCAGCAUCCACGGAGAUCGAUCCCAGAGAGACAGAGAGGAAGCUCUGCACCAGUUCCGCUCUGGACGCUGCCCCAUCUUGGUGGCUACAGCUGUUGCUGCCAGAGGUCUGGACAUCUCCAAUGUGAAGCACGUCAUUAACUUUGAUUUGCCCAGUGACAUUGAGGAGUACGUUCACCGUAUUGGCCGUACGGGACGUGUGGGCAACCUCGGUCUGGCCACGUCGUUCUUUAACGACAAAAACAGCAACAUAACCAAAGAUUUGCUGGACAUCUUGGUGGAGGCCAAGCAGGAGGUUCCCUCCUGGCUUGAGAGCCUGGCCUACGAGCACCAGCACAAGAGCACAGGCCGCGGACGCUCAAAGAGGUUCUCUGGCGGUUUCGGAGCCAGAGAUUACCGUCAGACGUCCGGUGGUUCUGGAAACUUCAGUGGCAACCGCACAGGACGUAACCCUGGAGGCCAUGGAGGAAACCGUGGCUUUGGUGGAGGAGGCUUUGGUGGCAACUUCUACAGCAAUGACGGCUAUGGAGGAAACUACAGCCACUCUGGUAGUGUGGAUUGGUGGGGCAACUAGUCGCUUAAGGAAUAGGUUGCCAUGCCAACCCGACCCAAUGGAAACCACAUGUUAACUUAAGCCAGACCAUAACAACCCUCCCUGUGUAGCUUCACUGACACACAGUACAUUACCAACCCUGGUUCUCUGCCAUUCGCUUCUCUCAAAAAGGAAGUGCAGCACGACGCAAAAGGAAAGUCACCAGCACGUGCAACGCACCGGAGACCGCAGAGAUUCGCACACCUCAGAGUGAGCAUGGAUGCUGACAUGCGUUGUCCGAUAGCAACCUCGGACUUUUCAUCGUUAAAAGUAUUUUUGUUCUUUUUGUGGAAGGAAAAAAAAAAACCAAUUGAAUAACCUGAGGAUCAUUUGUAUGUUAAUGUACUGUGCCUUUUGAAUUUAAACAGGAAAUCUAUGUUUUCAUUUCACCAGAUGAACAUGGCCAAGAGCUCUAAAUUUGUUUUUACAGUUAUUUUGUUUGGUGAAAAAAAA